GGCGGGAGCGUCAGCAGCCUGCGACCGGGGAGGAAGGAGGCGCUGGGGCGGGCACCGCGUGUGAGGAGAGCCGGGCCGGGCCUUGCUGGCGGGGCUCAGCCCCCAAAGGUGACAACCACCAGCCAACUGCAAGACUGUCACAAUGAGUUUUGUUGAAUAUGGAGAUACUAUAAAGGACGGUGACACAGCUAUUGUGUUCUUGGGCCAUGAAUCCAUGUUUCCCGUGAAAGUCCAGCAUGGCACUGUAACUCAGACUAAGUAUGGGGUCAUCAGGCAUUCCACAGACCUCAUCGGCAAGAAGUAUGGCUCCAAAGUGACCUGCAGUAAAGGAGGAUGGGUGUUUAUUCUUCAUCCCACUCCAGAACUAUGGACCAUGAAUCUUCCACACAGGACGCAGAUUCUAUAUUCCACUGACAUCUCUAUAAUCACCAUGAUGUUAGAACUGAAGCCAGGCUCCAUAGUAUGUGAAUCAGGUACGGGCAGUGGAUCCCUUUCCCAUGCUCUCAUCAGGACCGUGGCUCCCACAGGGCACCUGUACACAGUGGAGUUCCACCAACAGCGGGCAGAGAAGGCCAGGGAGGAGUUUCGGGAGCAUGGGGUGGAGCAUCUGGUCACCGUGACCAACCAGGAUGUCUGCAAAAAUGGGUUUGGUGUCUCAAACAUCGCAGACGCCGUGUUCCUAGAUAUUCCGUCUCCAUGGGAAGCCAUAGGACACGCAAAGUCAGCGUUAAAAGCUGAAGGUGGCCGCAUCUGCUCCUUCUCCCCCUGCAUCGAGCAAGUCCAAAGAACGUGCCUGGCGAUGGAAGAAUAUGGUUUCACAGAGAUUAACACCUUGGAAAUUCUGCUCCGAGUGUACAACGUGAGGACAAUUAGCUUGCAAAUCCCUGACCUUGGAAAAGCAGCUGAGGAUAAUUCUAGCACUGGCUUUGACAGCAGCAACCCAUCAAACCAAGGUAGCCUGUGCGCUAAUCCGCAGCAGGGAACUGUGCAGUUCAAAAGUGGGGUGCCCCUCAGGGAGAUGGUGGGUCACACUGGGUACCUGACCUUUGCCACCAAGAGCCUCUAUUAGGACGUGUCAAGUGUGUGCCAUCAGGAGUGUUUCAUGUGUUUGUUUUCUGUUUUCAUGGUUCUUUUUUGUAGGGCAUCCAAAUUUUUACUUGUCAGGGAAUUCCAUAUAUAGUCAGAUUUGGUUGGAAUAUGCUUUGUUUAAAUAGCACACAAGCAUUAAGCAGAGCAGCAUCAAGGGAAUGUUGAAACUCUGGAAUGGUGCUCCACUUGCCGUCAGAAAGAAGAUAAAUUAAUAGCGAAUGGCCAUUCAUUGGAAUGUGCAGAAUAAAGAUCCCUCCUGAUAAGAAAGCAAAACAAACAGCACACAAAUUGCAAAUUUUUUCCUCCUCUUUUCUGAAUUACUUUCCCAGGUUUGUGGUUUUAUUUUUUUCUAGCACCACCAAACACUUUUUUUUAAAAAACGUCUCUAGCGUCUGUGUUGCUGUUAGGAAUGUGAAAGUGCCUGCUUGCUUCAUUUGCGACACGCAAGCUGCGAGGCCAUAGGGCUGCCAGCACAACUGGCCACAGAAUUAGUGUUUCCUUGGAAUAAAGUUCAGCUGCACAGCACAUUAUGGGCGGUGCUCAGGAGCACAACCUCUCACUCCAUUCCAGGCUGGCAUCUGCAAAUCAUUUCGAUUACACAGGGGUCAAAGAAGCGUGCUAAAUGUUGGAUUUGGUUUAAAAUAGGAUAUUGUGCUCUUCCUUAUAGUAGAAAUUCGGACCUGGCUUCGUGCUCUAGUCUUCGAGUAGAUCAUCCACUUCCAUAGUUGAUGAAUCCACAGAAAAUCCACUGAGCAGCUGGUUAGUGUUACCUGAACACCUCUUUGUGAGCGGCGUGGCUGAGGUUCUGUUUGUUUGGUGGUUUGUGUGCAUUAUGGUGUACUGUCUACAGCUGAAUGACACAUUGCUUUUGGCAGGAUUUCUGUCUCCGAAUUGCAACAACAAUGCAAACUUAGUAAAAUCCUCAACCAGCUUUAUUAAUUAGGUUUUCAGACCAUUUACUCUUUGGUUUUCCAUACAGAGCUGGUGGGUGUGAUGAACUCUUUGGAAUGCUGGAUUAAAUUUUGUAUUUACAGAUUAAAAUAAUAAUGCAAAUUUA